AUGCCUAAACAAGAGGUCUAUCACCUUCACCCCUCCGGAUGGGAAAAUGAUCCCGAGGAGGAGCGAUUCAAGGUCUCAACCCUCGAUUACUUGUCGGUGAUUACCUACAACAACUAUGGCCUGUAUUUCCGUCUGGACGAUGCAGACAAGCCCCGUGUCGCCGAGAUCUUGAAGGCCGGUCUUGAGCGGACUCUAAGCCAAGUAAGGCAUCUCUGCGGCACAAUUGAGAAGGACGCCGAAGGAGGUCAUUCUUUUGUCAAGAAGAAGGACGGCACCGUCCGCUUCUUUGUCCAAUGGCUGGACUCCGAAGAGGACAGCAAGGACUAUCCGUCCUUCGACGAGCUUGAGAAGGGUCAUUUCCGCACUGCUCUGCUAGGCGACCUCAAGAAAUGGAGUGUGCCUCCGAUGACAUACGGAGACAAACCCGAGGCUCACCCGGAUAACAGCCCCGUAACGGCGUGCUAUAAGGCCAAUUUUAUCCGCGGCGGACUGAUCUUCAUCAUGCACCAUCAUCACUAUUCCAAUGAUGUGAUGGGGUGGGCAGGCCUCACCCACCAGCUGGCCGAGAACUGCUCUGCAAUUAUCAACCAGACGCCCUUCCCCUCCUGGGACACCAGCUGCCUAGACCUGUCUCGCUUCACCAAGCCCGAAGUGCCCGAUGAAUCGAAAGUUGACGGUCCGCUAGCGAGCGCACGUCACGCAGACCAUCUCCCGUCUCAGAUCCUGCUCUUCCACCUCCCCAAGAGCAAAGCAGCGGCGCUGAAGAAGCUCGCCUCGCCGACGGAUGGGUCCUGGAUCUCCACGUACGACGCCUUCUCCGCAUUCCUAUGGCGCACCAUUUCGCGUCUGCGCGCCCCCCACUUCAAACCAAACCUUUCAGAACCUUUGUUCUGGGUAGAGGCCAUUGAUAUGCGACGCCGCAUGCAUAGUCCCAAGGUUGCGCGGCGGCUGCAGCACAACGUUCUAACGGGAGCCCUAUCCACAACCGCCCCGGUGGCCCAGCCCACUGCCGGAGACGUGAUCUCCGAGUGGCCACUGACCAAGCUCGCCUCUUACGUCCGCCAGAUGACCGAUAGCGUUACGCAAGAGUCUCUGGACCAGCUUCUGGGCAUGGUGGCCAUGGUGCGCAACAAAACAGCACUGAACAUGCGCAUUGACUCGUACCCGCCCAUGUCGCUCCUCCAGACGGACCAUCGCGACGCGAAUAUCACCAGCGCCAACUUCGGCUUCGCCACCCCGGCCACUUAUCGCCAUCUGAUCGACAGGUCGAUGAAUGGUGUGCUCAUUAUUUACCCGUCUCGCAAUCCGUCUCCUGAAUCCGACGAGGGUCCGGAGUUCAGUCUCGUUUAUGAGAAGGAGCUGUCGCAGGCGCUGAUUGAGGAUCCGGAAUGGUGCGAAUACUUUGAAUACCGCGGUUUGGAAGCCAAAGGUGCUCCCCAGGAGGCUUAUGAGGUAUGA